AUGUCUGCCUCUCCCCUCUUCCGCCAGAUCCUCAGCUCCCAGCCUGUUCCCGCCCCUACUUCUGCUGCUCCUCCCGAACUUCCUGACGUCCUAAACAUGUCGGACGUCCAUGUCAUCUCUCCCACACCUAACGCCAACGAGAGCUCGCGCAAGGCCCAGCGCAAGGCCCAGCUCUUGCAGGCGUUCCAGCGCCUCCUCGCCAAAGACGGACGCAAGAAGGGGGAUGCUGCCAGCGCAGGCCCGUCCCCUGCUGCUGGUGGCUCUACCGCCCCUGCACAGCGGUCCCAGACCCAGCCCGUGGGUCAGAGGGACAUGCUCGCUCCGCCGCCCCCGCCGACGCCAUCUGGCCCCCGUAUCGGUGUGGUCAAGGCGAGUGAUUUGGCUGGAAUGUCCGGUCGCGUGCGUACUCCUCAAGCAUGUGAGCUGUGCCGUGAGCGUAAGACGAAGUGCUCUGGCACUCGUCCUACGUGCAAGCGUUGCUUCCACCUCGGCACUGAAUGUGUCUAUGUCCUCGACCACAAGGCCAACCGAGCUCAGCUCAGAAAGCUGAGGGAAGCUAGCGGACUCCUCCCCAAGAGCCUCCGUCCGGCUCAGAAGGAGCGUCGCGCCCAGCGCAAGAUUUCCCCCUCUCGCCUUGACCAGAUCUUCAAGCUCUUGAAGUCCCCGAGUCAGGGCUGGUCCAAUAACUCAGCUUCUCCUGUGCAGGCUCCCGUGGCAGCCCCCAACCCCUCGACCAGCUCGUUCGAGUUCCUGAACGUCUCUCCGCAGAAGACUCGCAUUGGUUCGAGCCCUCUAGCAAGCAUGUCGUGGACCGCGCCGGACGCAUACUCUGCAGUUCCGACGCAGACGCAGCCUAACGCCUCCGCGAUGGACACGUCUUACUCGAUGAUGAACAUGGACUCAGACGUCGACGCCGCCGUCGCCUAUAUGAUGGCCAACGAGACCCUCCCUGAGGCGCAGAACCACCAGUAUCAGAGCCAGGGUACAUGGGAUGCGGGCCUUGACCUCAACAUGCUCGCGCCUCCCAUGAUGCCCACGCUCUCCGCCUCCUCGCAAGCCAGCUCGACAUACUCCCAGUCCGGUGUCGACUACACGCCCCUGCCGACACCCACCGACGAGGACAUCUUCAUGACGGACAUGUUCGGACCGGAUGCGUCCCUCCCCACCGUCGCCACCAAUGUCGACCCCGACGAAGAUCUCCCAGCAUCAGACUCCGCGCUCGAACGCGAGCUCGAGUCGUGCAUGGCCGAGAUAUUUGGUGCGACGGAUGAGGAAGGCGUUGUGAAGUUCCACCCGGACUACUACCGCGACAUCAAGCCCUUGCCUGUCCGUCCUAGGCGAGCGGCCCCGCUCGUGGCUCCCCCGGUUCCGCCGUGCAUCAUGCCCGUCUCGGACCACUCGUUCCCGCUCGAGACCGUCAACAAUGUUUACUUCGAUGAGAGCCUGUACGACGCGUUCCGCAUCGGCGUGCCCAAGACCGCGGAGGCGCCCAGGAUCGUCGAGAUCACAGAGGAGGCAACGCAGGCGCAGCAGGAGAACUUCGAUGACAUCUUCAACUUUACAGGCGAGGAAACCAACGCGUUCAUCGUGCCACCGAGCACGGGGAGCAAGCUCCAGACCAUCAUGGAAGAACCUGCGGAGAUGAAUGCAGACCAGGCGGCCUACGAUGCGAAUAUGGCGGCGCUGUGGCACGAGCUCUUCGGCGACGGCAGUCUCCAAAAUGCUACUUUUUGA